CAGAUUCUGAACUUGUACAUUCCGAAGUAAAAAAUACAUCUAUUAUACAACCACAAGAACAGAGUGGGAUACAAUAUUUACCAUCCCAAAAUGGUACAGGUUCUCAACUACCUUCUUCAUCUAUACACGAACAACAAGAGCAUAAACCUGAAAUACCUUACGGAGGGACUGUCGAUCAACCUACCACGGUUCCCGAAACAGCUUCUAGAAGUUCAACUCCAAGACAUUCUAUGUCACGAGGUCCCCUACCACAACCUCCAAAUUCAAUAAAUAAUGCUCCUCUACAACAUCCUACUGUGCCGCCUAAUUUUAUUAGUAAACAACAAGAAGCUGAAUUUUAUGCUAACAAAUCUAGAGUUCCAAAAAUACAUGAUAUGCUACCUGUUUAUAGUCCUCAAGUUGUUGAAGCGCAAUGGGAUUUUAACGGAACUGAUGAUGGUGAUUUGAGCUUCAAAAAAGGGGAUCACAUAGAAGUGACCGAAUAUGUUAAUGAUGACUGGUGGCGUGGUUGUGUUAAAGGCAAAGAUAUAAUUGGUAUAUUCCCGAAGGUUUACACAAAAAGUAUAUUACAAAGUUCCCAGUCUCCAAGGAACUCUGAUAGUCAUCAACGUAGAACUUCAACGAACUCAUUGACUUCGGUCUCAUCUCGUCUCACUCAACAAAGUAUGAAUUUACAACAAAAUCUACAAAAUCUACAACCAAAUUUACAACAGAAUCCACAACAAAAUCCCUUACCCACUAAUCGUGCUCAAGUUCCUAUACAGUUGCAACCUCAACAACCUUUAAAUCGUCAGGUUACACCUCAACCAAAUCUUACCACCCCCUAUUCUUAUCAAAAUCAUCCAACUCCAUAUACAUCUCAACCAAACUCUACUUAUUACAUGCAAAAUAAUCAAUAUUAUAAUUAUAAUCAACCAACUUUUUCUGGUGGAUUUUCUGGAGGAUCUAAAAAAUAA